AUGGCUCUAGUCAUGAAUCGCAACUACAGCUACAGUAGUGCUAGUCAUAAUAUGGGGCCAACUCCACUGUUGAGGAGCAGGAGUAGCAGCAGUAGCGGUACUUGGAAUGAGUUAUUAGGAGGAUAUAGCAACAGUUCGGAGCAUUACAGCAGCAGCUCGGUGAUGAUGAUGGAGAAGAGACAGUUGUUUCUUAGAAGCUACCAGUUCUGUCGGAAAAGAAGCCUAGCAGAAAGGAUCAAGGGGUCUUUGAUUAGAGUCAAGAAAGUGGUGUGGCUGAAACUAAGAUCUGCUCGUAAACUUAGAAGGUUGGUUUGGUCCAGACUCCGUAGUGCGUUCUACUAUCGUCGCAGAAGAAGAUUUCUUCGCCUCCUUAACCAGAAUCAUCACAACUCUUCCACCUGCACUUAA